UCAACAAGCGUGCGACGAGUCUCGUUCAGUAACGAUACGACCGCGCAAAUCAUGGAACGUUGGUCCGGUAAAGUUGCGAUAGUUACGGGGGCCAGUUCGGGAAUUGGCGCCGCAACUACCGAAGCCCUCGUCCGAGAAGGUCUCCACGUAGUCGGUGUGGCUAGACGGGUCGAAAAAGUUGCCAAAAUUUCGGAAAAGCUGAAGGGCGCCAAAGGUAAACUGUACGCGAAGAAAUGCGAUCUCGCCAAGGAGAAGGAUAUCCUCGAGGUAUUCGAAUGGGUGAAAAAAAAUCUCGGAGGAGUCGACGUCCUCGUCAACAACGCCGCGGUGGUAAAAGCCGAACCUCUCAGCGAGGGAUCGACGGAAGGAUUCAGGAGUAUAAUGGACGUUAACGUCAUCGGCGUUGCAAUAGCGACCAGAGAGGCCGUCCGUUCGAUGAAGGAGAGAAAGUCGGAUGGUCAUAUAAUAAAUAUAAACAGCGUAGUGGGACACUCCAUAGAAAUGGCAACGAACAUAUUCAGCCUGUAUCCGUCCAGUAAAUACGCGGUGACCGCUAUGACCGAAGUGAUCAGGAAGGAGUUGGCUCUGUCGAAAUCGAAAAUAAAAAUCACGAGCCUCAGCCCAGGACUGGUGAAUACGGAAAUGAUAGACAGUGCUUCGAACUCGGACGAAAGCGGACUUAAUCAAAAUUUCCUGAGGAGUCAGCCCAUACUGAAUCCGGAGGACAUCGCGAAUGGAAUUGUCUACGUUCUCAGCACACCACCGCACGUUCAAGUCAGCGAGCUGACGAUCCGUCCGGUCGGUGAAUUGAUUGAAAAUCUCAAAUCGGACUAGCGCGACGUUGAAUUCCGUCAUUCGCUGCUGGGCUAAAUUUCUGAAAAGUUUUCCAAAAUAUAUCACACGUUCAACGUAUAAUAUAAAAAACCCAACCCAUGGUUCCUCAUUUUCCGCAAGCCGAAAGUAAAAAUUUUGAAAAUUGUUUCACUCCGUUCCUUUUUUUUUACAACGUCGCAUGCGUUGCACGUUUUCAUUUGCCUUUCAGCAUCUCCGAUACAAAUUAAUGCGCUCGCUGCCCCUUGAUAAGGUAUUCAAACUUGCCAAAUUGAGUUGCGAAGGGACCGUUAAAAUUCUCACAUAUAUACCGUUGGAGAUCCGACUUGCAUCGUGUCGCGCCGUAUUGCAACCAAGAGUUUACCGUACACACGUGCGUCGGAAAUCAGAAGAGAAUCUGUAACGGGCGAUUGAUUUUAAAAAACAUACCACGUACGCAUUUUUUUUUUUUAUUUUUUUAUUUUUUUUUCAUUUUUUUUUAUAGCGAUCGUUAUAUCGAGGCUCGGAAAAAAAAGGUCGAAUCUUUCGCGCACUCCUCUUUUUCAUUCACUUUUUUAUUGCUACAUGAGAGCGCAAACCUCUGCAAAAAAAAAAAAAAAAAAUUGAUUAAAUAAAAACCGUAUUCAAAGACCAA